AAUCCUAAGUGUGUAUUCAACAGGUUUAACAGUCUGCAGCCAGGGGUCCAGGCUUGGAGUUAAGUAAGGUAAUAAACUCCAUGAGGAUUCAUUCAACAGUGAAAGGUCUUAUUGUUAGGGUAUGGGGGCAAAACAGCCCCAAGGGUGGCGGCCAGGAUGUGACAGAAGGUGGACAGGCCCAAGGAGGUAGUACAAGGCCUGCAAGGAGGAGGGGGCAUUCACCCACAGGGAAAGGUGGAAGGGCAGAGAAGAAAAUAAUCAAGGAAAGCAGGAGAAUAUUCUGGAAACCAGCAGGAUGCAGCAGCAUGGAUAAGGUGCAGGAGGGCUAUGGAAAAUACCAAUAAUCAUAGCAGACCAUUCCUUAGAACUUACCAUGUUUCAGAGACCAAGUGAAUGCUGCAGGCACCUCAUUUAACCCACACAGUAAGUACAAGUAUCAUCCUCAUUUUACAGAUAAAGAAACUCAGACCCAGAACGUCUAAGUGACUUGCUUUGGAUUGCAUAGUCAGGAUUUGAACCCAGGAUCCUGAAGCCUCUGUCCUUUCAUAUGCACAAAUGCCUGUCCUGCACACAAACCCCAGCUGACCCCUGGGUCUCACGCCCAGAUUCUGAUUUGAGAGGACUGGGGUGUAGCCUGGGGCUGGGGGUGGUUAGAGCUCCCUGGUGAUCCGAAUGCAAAACCCGGCUGAGAACCAACCAUCACUUGGAAGGCACAGGUGGGCCUCAGAUGGGAAGGGGCGGGGAAGGUCAGGAGAGAAGAAGCCAGGGGGGCGCCCUUGCUUUCUCUCCCAGGCAGCGGGAGGCCUGCACCUGGACGCCUGGCCUGACGGUGCUGGUGGCGUCUGCAGCUCAGUCUGAGAGCCGUGUGCAGGCUGCCUCUCCUCCCCAGCCACAGGCAAGGCCAGAACCUGUGAACGCAAUCACCCCUACCCAGCCCCCUGCCCCAGGAGGGACCAUGGACGCCCACAUUGACAUGAACACCUCCCAGGUGUCUCUGUUUGUCCAUAGUACCAGCACACUCUCCAAGGCCCUGGUUGCCUGGGCCGGGGUUGCGUCAUCAUCAACCUCUCUCUAUCAAUAACCAGUUAGGAAGCUGAGGCACUGCCUCGCUGACAGCCGUUUGCAGCUCAUCAAUAGUGACUGGUCUCCCAAAGCCACCCGGCAGGCAGGAGCGGGCUCAGGUGUGCAGAGUUCCCGCUGGAGCCCUCCCUCCCCCCAUCCGUUCUCCCCUCCACAGGGUACCUUGUUAAUGUGCUUCGUUUUUUUGUCUGCCUAGAAUCUAAACUCCAUCAAAGCUAUGAAAGGACCUAUCAUAGUCACCUCUUGUCCCUAAGUGGCUUCGUGAGACCCUGGCUCACAGCAGGUGCUCAGUAACUAGAAUGAAUUUGGAACAUUCUGAAGGUCAGAUACCCUAAAGAACAUUUCCCUUAAUUGUAUUUGACAAAUGACAUGCAAAUUCAUGCAGGGCCAGUUUUUACUAAACAGAAACCUUCACGAGGCUGUAAUCCCUUGUAUUCAUUUUCUAUUGUUGCCGUAAUAAAUUAUCACAAGUUAGAAGCUUGAAACAACACAAAUUUAUCCCCUCAUGGUUCUGUAGGUCAGAAAUUCAGGUACAGAGUAGCUCACGGAGUGCUCUGCGAGGGUCUCACGAGGCCAAAAUCAAGGUGUCAGGCUGUGCUCCUUCCUGGAGGCUCUGGGGAUAAAUCCAUGUUCAAGUUCAUCCAGGUCAUUGGCUAAAUUUAAUUCUUUGUGGUUUGGGGCCGGUGUCCCUGUUUCCUGGCUGUCUGCAGAGGGCCCCUCUCAGCUCCUUAAGGCCACCUGCAUUCCUCAUCCUGUGACCCUCUCCCCACCAACUUCAGGCCAGCAACUGCUCCUGGAGUCAGUCCCUCUCCUAGCUCUGAUCUCUAAGCUGUCCUUCAGCCACACCUCUUCCACAUGUAGCUGAAGAAAGUUUUCUGUUUUUAAGGGUUGUGUGAUUAAAUUGGGACCAGUCAGAUAAUCCAGCAUAAACUCCCUAUUUUAAAGUCUAUAAACUUAAUCACAUCCAAAAAGCCCCUUUUUGCCAUAUAACAUCAUAUAUUUACCGGUUCUAGGGAUUGGGUCAAGGACAUCUUUAGGGGCACCAUCAUUCUGCCUACCAUAGCCCUCCUGGGAGGACAGAGACCUAAGUUUCAGACCCAGUUCUCCUUUUUGGUGUGUGGACCCAGAACAGAAAUUGCUUCACCUGUAUAAAGCUCAGUUUCUUCAUCUGAAGAAUGGGUUCAUAAUAGCACUUAUGUCCUUGCAUCACGGAGAGUAACUGCCUCUGUUCAUGCAAAGGGCUUCUCAGUGCCUGACACAUGGCAUUGUCAUUAUGAUGACAGGGGCAGGGUCCACACACCUGCCCUCUAAGGGAUAUGGGGUUUGGGCCCAGGGUCUAGGAUCUGGUCUCCAACUUGGUAGGUCCAGAAGUUGGAUUUUCUGGUCACCUGACUAGUCAGUGUUAGAGCCAAGAUUCAAACCCUGGUCUUACCAGUUCCAAACCUCAUGCACACCAAUAGGUCCCGCUCCGUAGACUCCAUUGCCUCUUUCUGUAGCAAGCGUGCAGGUGUCCCUCUCAGUCAUGGCUGGUGAGAGGAAAAACCUGGGAUUCACAGAGCCAUGAUUUUUAGAGAAUUACCCUUUUUUAAGUCUUGUCAGGAGAAAAAGCUCCCCAAGGGUACAACGCGUGUGUAUAGACUUUGCCACAUUUCCCUUCACUGCAGCCCUAUGAGGUGGGAAUGAAGGAUUCCCACUGCACAGAUGAGGCUAACUGAGACCCAGAGAAGACAAGGGGGAGAAGGUGCAAAACGAAUUAAAUACCGGUGAUGCUCUGGGCCCUCUGUGGAAUGCUUUACGUACAUACAUACCUUCACAGGACCAAACUCCCCCCAACCACCAAGUUAUUUCCUGGAGGAGAAAAUAGCUCAGAGAGGGAGAGAGAUUUGCCCAAAGCUCAACAGCCAGGAAAAGACCAGGAAAGCUUUCCCUUUCCAGCAAACAAGGUCCCCUUGUGAGGAGAACUGCAGUUUCCAUGAUCGCAAGCUCCUUAGGGCCAAGGCUGUCUCUCCCCUCUCUGAAGAGACCCCUCUCCCGCGUGCCUGGCAGUGUGUGCAAACACUGACACCCACCAUCGCCUGUAGAGUGGGAGCCACGCUUUUCUUUGGUGAAAUUGCCAUCCCCCUCACAACCAGCCCGGAGAAGAAGAGUCGAGGGGCCUGAACCCCCUUCCACGGGCACAAAGCAAGUCUUGGGCUCUGGUGCAACUGGGGCUGUGCCGCAAGCUUAUAAUUUCCCGUUACCAUAGCAACGCUAACACCUCCAUUCCCCUGGAGUGUGAGCAGAGCUGCUCCCACCCCAUCCUUUCCCCCAAACCCUCUCAGAGUCCUUCCACCUCUGAGAUUCUAUGAUUCAAUUAAUUAUUGCCAACGCCUGCGCGGUUUCUGUUGUUUUCAAUGUAUUCCUUCUGCUGAGUCACUGCGUCCUGCUCUGGAUGAGACUGGUUAUUCACCAGAACAUUUGGCCACUGGUUGCCAUGGAUACUACGCCUACUUCCUUCAUCACCUGUUAAUUCGCAGCAAGGCUGGCUGAGAGCGUGGGUACCACUGCCCUCAUCCAAGACCCAAGGGGCAUCACAGCUCCCCCAGACACGGCGGGGGCCCUGAUGACGCAUGAACGACAGCAGAGUCUCUAGUCUCGACUGUGGAAAAAUCAAAAACAGCCUAGAGCUCAUUAUAUCCAUCCAGACGAUGUCGAGGCAGCAAUUUAAAAAAUAAGUCAACAGGCGUACCAUUUUGUUUUCCGGUUCAUCUUUGGCAAAUGCUUUCGUCCAUUUGCUAACCAUUUAAAGAUGUAUUUUUAUAGAGUAAAGCUGUGAAUGCUUUAUGCAGAUUACUAACUCACCUUGAAAGCAAAAUGAGGGAGCCUUGAAACUCAGGACCCUCAAGGAAUUGGCUCUGGGGCGGGGUUGCAGGUGGGGGGGAUGGGUGGCCACCGAGGGAGGUGUCGAGGGAGACACAAGCCAGCACAGAGAUACCAAGGGCUCUCCAGGUUAGUGGAGGGUGAAGGGGUUCGGAGGUGACCAGGACGUGAGCCACUAGGCAGGGAGAGCACGGCCAUCAGCCCACGGCCCAUUGCCCCUGAUAACUAUAGCACGUCAUGUUUGCAGAGCCCGACGUAGGGGACCAGGGAUCAAUACCUCACCCCCACCCACACACUCCCUGCUCAUCAAACAUCAGCGUAUGACGAAAAAUGCUUCCUCUGAAUCUAAGGUUGUUGGGUUCCUUCCCCUCACCUGCCCCCCCACCCCCCCCAUAGGACGUGGUCCAAGGGGGAGAGCACCAGACGUCCGACCUGAAGGAUGGGGAGGGGGCACGCAGUUCCCGACCCAGGGGGCUUGUCUCCUCUUGGCCCCUCAUAGCCCAGCUGAAGAGCUGUCCCCACCCCUGCUCUAGCCCCUCACCAUGGAGGCCAACUCCCUCCCCUCCCCCACCUCCUAGGUCACAGGGUGUGGUAGGGGUGAUGGGCUGUACCUGCGCCCCACCCCCUUCCUGUCCCUGGGGGGAGCCUGGUCUCAUGGUGGGGGCUUGGGAGGGACUUUGAGGGCUUUAUAAGGCAGGCCUGGCACACUGAGCACAGCAGAGACCUGUGAAGCACCAGACUGCCAUUCCCCCUCUGUCCCAGCUCUGCAGGUGAGAAACCCAGGAGGGGAGGGUGGAGGGUGCCCCCAUCAAGGCACCAGGCCACGGGCCAGAGUCUGCUCUCGCUGUCUCCAGGGCUGAGACCCUUCCCUCAGUCCAGGCUCUAGGCAUUCCCAGCCCCUGCUCCUCUGCCCAGCUGGGGCCCGGCCCUGACCCCUCCCUCUACGCUCAUCCCAGCCCUGGGGGAUGGGAGGACCAGGGCUCCUCUCCCCUCCCCCAGAUGAGAAGACUGAGGCCCAGAGGGGAGAUGUCACUUGCCCAAAGCCUCACAAAUUACUGGGCAAGCCUGGAACUGGAACCCAUGAGGGACUCCUGGAUCCCAUCUCAAGCUCCUUCCCAGACCAGAGCUGUCCCAAAGAACUUUCCAUGGUGACGGAAAUGCUCUAUAUCUACACUGCCCAACACGGUAGCCACCAGCCACAUGUGCACUUGAAGCGUGGUUAGUGAGAGGGAGUAAAUUUGUAUUUUAAUUAAUUUAAAUGUGAAGAGCCACCUGUGCCUGGUGGCUACCACCUUGGACAACACCCAUGGUUAGUGUCAGAUGGCACAGCCCUCGGUCAUGGAUCUUUCAACUGCUUCCUUAGCAGCAAAAUUAUUUUCCUCCCAAAGGAAACCUAAAAGAGAACCUCGUUAUGCAAAACAGUUAAAAGCAGCAUUUUAUUAACAUAGCCUUACAAGGGAAAAUUUUUAUCAUUUACUUAUGAUAAAGCCAAUCAGAACAACGAGGCUACAAGAACACAAAAAUCGUGAAUCCAGAGAAUGAAUGAGCUUCUGAAUUUUAUGUUUGUUUGAGCCUCGAGUUUGCUUCUGUAGCAUGGUUUCCCCAAACUUGGUUCACCCUCGUACACAGCUGCAAAUGGUGGCAGUUUAAUUUUUUCUUAACCGCUUAAUUACAACCACAGGCUAUUCCUCAGUCAAGGAAACCAGCAGGAGAACGUUUCCUCUGAGGGCUGCACCAACAUGGUGUGACCCAGCCACACGUUGAAUGUGCUAGUGGUCUCCAAAAUGACAACAUGGGGUCUGUAGGCAGUGGAGUGUGUAUGUUCCUUUGGUCUUAACUAUUUAAAGUUCACUGUAAAUUACAAGACUUGCUGGGCACAGUGGCAUGUGCCUGUAGUCCCAGCUACAUGGGAGGCUGAGGAGGACGGAUGGCUUUGAGGCCAGGAGACCAGCCUGGGCAACAUAGCAAGACCCUUUCUCAAAAAAAAAAAAAAUUACAAGACUUAAACAGCUACAGAGCUCUUGACAUGGCCUCAAAUUCUGCAGAACAGUUUGGAAAUUACUCCUCUAGGUUUUGAAUUUCUCCAGGAGAAGUGGCUGUCAUUGGGGUAAGUAAGGAGGAAAGAGGCGUGGCUUGGGGGCCAGGGUGGAGCUGGCAGGAACCAGCAACCCAAACUGAAGAAAGAACUGCAGACCUGUCAGCAGGUCUGGUCCAGCCCCCUGCCUCUGGGCCUACGAGGGGACAACCCCACCUUCACGCUAGGCCCCUGUCCCCUUCGCAGACAAGAUGCAGCGACUGUGUGUGUACGUGCUGAUCUUUGCGCUGGCCCUGGCCGCCUUCUCUGAAGCUUCUUGGAAGGCGCACCCUCGGCACCCUGGCUUCUUGCCAGGUGCACCCUCGGCUCCAGUGGCCAACAGGGACCUGGAGCAGCACUGGCGGGACCAGCCGAGUGCAGCCUCUCAGCACCGAAGGCAGCUGGGGCCCCAGGGGCCCCCACACCUCGUGGCAGACCUGUCCAAGAAGCAGGGGCCAUGGCUGGAGGAGGAAGAGGAAGCUUACGGAUGGAUGGACUUCGGCCGCCGCAGUGCCGAGGAAGGGGACCAACGUCCCUAGAACUGGACUUCAGAGCCCAGACACCUCUCACCCACCCCAGCCCUUUCCAGUGAAAAUCAAAUAAAAAAUAAACCAGUUUCCAGUGGAUCUAUGGAUUGUGUCAUGUGCCAUGGGAAAGUGAGGGAAGGGAGACUGGGCUGGGUGGGGUUGAGACGGGGACCGUGGCUAAUUCUCCUCGGGGUCCCCAGAGCCCCAGACUGAGCAAGAACCCACAGG